ACUCGCUCAAAUUUAAUGAAUCGGGAUCCUUCGCCAUCUUUGGAUGUUUGUUUUGGAGAAUUACUUCGUGAGGAGCAGCGUCUUCUCACGCAGGCUACGUUCCAGCACGAUUCCAACCCAAAUCCAGUAGCCUAUGCAGCCUAUGGGAAAGGGAAGGGUAAGGAUAUGCGCAAGGUCCAGUGUUUCAGCUGUAAGGAGUAUGGUCAUAUUGCCGCCAAUUGUGCCAAGAAAUCUUGCAAUUACUGUAAGAAACCGGGCCACUUUAUCAAAGAAUGUCCCACUCGGCCUCAGAAUCGUCAAGCUACUGCCUAUCAGGCUGCAGUACACACCUCUUCUGCUCCAGUGAUGUCCUCAGCCUCUUCUUCUGUGGCCGGAUCAACUGUUCUUACGCCUGAAAUGGUCCAGCAGAUGAUUAUGUCAGCCUUCUCUACCUUAGGGCUCCAAGGAUCAGGUGUCGGGGAAGAUACUCGCGAAGGGGCCUAAAGUUGGUAGACUAUUUCCACUGCACUUUUCCAUUCCUAGUUGUUUAUCUUUAGCUUGUAGGACAGUUAACACUUCGAACGAAGUAUGGCACAAACGUUUGGGUCAUCCAAAUUCUGUUAUUCUAUCUCAUAUGUUAAAUUCUGGUUUGUUAGGCAAUAAAGAACGAGUUUCUCAAAAUUUGUCAUUUGAUUGUUCUGUAUGCAAACUUGGUAAGAGUAAAACUCUUUCGUUUUCUUCUCAUGGUAGUCAUGCUACAAAAUGCUUUGAUGUUGUGCAUAGUGAUGUAUGGGGCAUUUCUCCUGUAAUUUCUCAUGCUCGAUAUAAAUAUUUUGUCACAUUCAUAGAUGAUUUCAGUCGAUAUCCUUGGGUCUAUUUUCUUCGGGCCA